AUGGCACCUGAUCUGAACGGCGUCGCCGCAGGCGGCAAAUUCGACUACUCCCAGCCAGGAUCCUCUGGGUACGACAUCAGGCAGGACCUCACAUGGAAAGACCCGAAGAAUCGCAAGCUCAAAGUCCUCACGAUUGGAGGUGGCGUCACGGGGAUCUUGAUGGCAUAUCAGAUCCAGAAGCUGUGCGAGAAUGUUGAGCAUGUGAUCUAUGAGAAGAAUGCGGAUAUCGUCUGCAACACCUUCGACCUGCGCAAAUACAUGACCUUCCACACCGAAGUCAUCGGCGCCUACUGGGAAGACAGCAAAGGCCAAUGGCGCGUAAAACUCCGCCAGUCCAAACCCAACGAAGAGCCGCGCGAGUUCGAAGAGCACUGCGAUCUUCUGCUACAUGGCACGGGGAUCUUGAAUAAUUGGAAGUGGCCGGAUAUACCGGGUUUGAGGGAUCGGUUCAAAGGGAAGAUUAUUCAUACGGCGAGGUGGCCGAGUGAGUAUCAGACGGAGGAGUGGAAGAAGGAGAGUGUGGCGGUGAUUGGGUCGGGAGCGUCGUCGAUUCAGACCGUGCCUACGAUGCAGCCGCAUGUGAAGCAUUUGGAUGUUUUUGUGAGGACGGGGGUUUGGUUUGUGCAGAUUGCCAACAAUUACGGGCAGAACAAGGAGUAUGACCAGAAGGAGAAGGAUGAAUUUCGCCACAACCCCAAGGCUCUCGUCGCUCACGCAAAGGACAUCGAAGACCAAGUCAACGGCCUCUGGGGCGCCUUCUACUCCGGCACGGAAGCGCAAAAAAUGGGCCAAGAAAUGUUCAAAGCCCGCAUGGCCGAAUUCAUCAAAGACCCACGCCUCCUCGAAGGCUUCACGCCCAAAUUCGGCGUCGGCUGCCGCCGCAUCACGCCCGGCGACCCCUACAUGCUGGCGAUCCAAGAACCCAACGUCGAUGUGCAUUUCACGGCCGUGGCGAGCUGCACGGAGGACGGGGUCGUGGGCGAGGAUGGGGUGGAGAGAAAGGUGGAUACGGUGGUUUGUGCGACUGGGUUUGAUGUUAGUUAUCGGCCCAGGUUUCCGCUUGUUGGGAAGGGGGGCGUGGAUUUGAAGGAUAAGUGGAAGGUCUGUCCCGAGUCAUAUCUUGGUCUGGCGAUUCCUGAGUUUCCCAACUUCAUCACGUUUGUGGGGCCGACGUGGCCGGUGGAGAAUGGAAGCGUAAUGGGUCCUCUUCACACGGUCUCAGAUUACGCUAUCCAGAUCAUCAAGAAGAUGCAGAAUGAGAAUAUCAAGAGCUGGGCUCCGAAGCAGGACAUCACUGACAAGUUCAACGACCACGUUCAGGAAUGGAUCAAACACACCGUCUGGAAAGAAGACUGCCGCAGCUGGUACAAAGACAACAACACAGGCCGCGUAAACGCCGUCUGGCCCGGCUCCUCCAUGCACUACCAACAAGUCAUCGAAACGCCACGCUACGAAGACAUGGAAAUCUCCUACUUCGACAAGAACCCCUGGGCGUGUCUGGGCAUGGGAUGGACGGUGGAGAAUCGCAUCACCGCGCAGGGUGGGGCGGAUUGUAGUCCUUAUUUGAGUUUGGGGAAUUUGGAUCCCAAGUGGUAUGUUGCCAAUGGAGGGGAUGAGGGGGUGCUGAGGGAGCAGGUCGAGGAGGAGAGGAGGGGCAAGUAA